CGACGAACUGUGUGAAAAAAAGGAAAUAAGCAGAAUUGCACCAUUACAGAAAAUAUGUCCAGCAUUUCUGUCUUCAUUACAAGAUGAAGGUUUCCUGUGAACAGACGGAUCAGCUGCCGCCAAGGUCGGCCACUUAUCUGUUGCCUUUUUUUCUUUUUCUCUCGUCAUUGUCAAGGAUUCAAAGCAGCUUUUCUUACUCAGUUUGGUUUCGUUCUUGGAGCUGUCUAAGGGCAGAGCAGGCAAGGCCAACAGCAGCAGCACUAACAGCUUCAUCUAUGAAAAAACACAGAAAAUAUAGGUUGUAGCUUUCAUCAGCAACUCCACAUGGAUACACAACACCUUCAUCAAGGCUAGAAGCCAGAGUCAAGGAAUGUGACAAAAACCACAGCAGUCCCAUUGAGCCAGGACUGAAGGAAAUCCCCUCAGCAGCAGAACUGGGCUCAGGGGUUGAAGAGCAACAACAGGAUUAAAACCAGACUGCACAAAGCAGAAGAGAGAGGGAGGAAAAGGAGAUGUCUGACACAUGUCUAAGUAACUCACAAACAGCAAAAAGCAAAGAUCUUAUCCAGCUUUGCUGGAACACAUGCCUACAUACUCCACUCUUGUCUGGCCCUGAACAUAAAAUCAAAUCACAAUAAAUUUAAUAAAGCAGCUUCUUAGUUGUGAACAAGACGUUCAAGUGUAGUUUCAAGUUCAAGUCAAGUUCAAGUCAUAUCUUGCUUUGCUCCCAGAUGUCUCAUGUUGUACCGGAGGGUUUCAGGCCUUUUAAAGAAGAGAAAGAAAACUAACAUUGAAUACGAUACAGUGCCUCCAAUGAAACGCAGCAGAAUUACCUGCUGAUAGUACAGUAGCAUUGAUUUGUUUGAGAAUCAGUGACAAGAUGCUGAAUAAUCACAUCCAUUUUCCUAUGAAGCAGCAGCUAGAACUGAAGCUUUAUGUACGAGUCUUACCUUAAAUCCCAGCCGAGCUCCCGCAGCGGAGGACGAGUGAAUCAACAUCAUCCAGACAGGAACAAUGACCACUAACUGACUAACUGAUGUACCAACUGAUUUAUAGUGAUGUUAGAGGAAGUCCUAGCUACUGAAAGAAAAAUUCUCCAAUCAGAUACCAAUCAGUACAUAUAUGGUUAAAACAUCAGCAUCUGGUAAAAGGUGGGCGUGUUAAGCUGCUUGUGUCACAGUCACAACUUGUCAGACACUGAGCCAGAGCUGGUCGUCGGUUCUGUGGUGGGGGUGCCUGGACCCGCCAUCUGACUGCUGGCUUCACCUCUGGCAUGUCACGUCACACCUGCUGCUCCUCUUCCAAAGAUCUGAGCCACAAUGGGUCCUGCUCUGACCCACAGAGUAACACGAUGAGCAGUAAACAUCCAAACGUUUCCUCAUCGAGCAUUGACCUGCUGCAAAAUAGAAUGUUAAAAGGGGACUGAUCAUGCAAAAUCCCCUUUAUAGACAUUCUGGAGUGUUCCUAUGACUCUGUGAGUCAUGUUGUAGUCAGUCCUUUUUUCACAUUUUGCGACCUUAGCCCAUGGAGACAGACACCAUCUUGUUCUGAAACCAUUCCUCUUGUUUUGUCACAGGAAGGGACUCCUCCCUGCAAAUCCUGAACCACCACUCCCAUGUGAUACUGAACCAAAACUGGACUUCCGCCAAGUCCUCCCAUAGAAAGUUCAGAAAGUGCAUGCGGAGCAUGACGUGCCCGUUUAAGGACGAGCCUGUGGAGACACAGCUUAUUAGUUUUUUCCACCGUGACAGAGUCAUAAGGCCACAUAUCAAUGUUUUUCCAUAUCCAGAUGAUUAUUUGAAGGAGCGUUAUCGCUUUUCUAAAGAAUCUUUAAUUUAAUUAACGAACCCUUUGAAACCGUUUAUUUCAAACUUAUCAAACCAUGGGUCUGCGCUUACCACAGAAAGCAUUUUUUUUUUAUUUGGACGAUGCAGAGCAUGUGGGAAAGGCAACGGUGUGUAGAGCCGUUCAUACCGUGUGUGUGGCCCUGAAACGGUUCCUGUGCACAAUUGUACAGUUCCCUGGCCACAAACCUCUGCGUGUCAUUAAAGAAGAUUCCACAGGAUGGCAGGGUUUCCAAACGUGAUUGGGUGCAUCGAUGGCACCCAAAAUCCCUCCCUCUGAUAGAGCACUGCUUCUGUCUUCCAAAGUCUUCCAAAUAGGGAUGAGAACAAGGAUCACCACAUCUCCCACCUGUCCUGCUAUCUUUUUGUUCCCAGGCCCAAAGAACCAAGACCUGAUCUUUGCUGAAGGGCAGUGGGUGAAAAGCUGUGAGGCCUCCAGCAGCCGACUGGUUCAGAUGAUGGAUGGACGAGACUGAGCAGUAUGAAGCCCUGACCCCGUUACUGCUCAGGAAACGGCUGCAGCUGUGAAAGUCACUUCCAUGAAGCAGGAACCCGUCAGUGCCGUGAAGCAGCAGCAGAUGGCGCUGUCGCAGCGUGUGGCGCUGGCUUUGCCUCCUUUAAAUGCAGCUCAACAUGUCUCUCACCUUCUCUGGACUUGUUCUGGAGUUUGUCCUCUGGGUCACACGCUACACUGAGCAGUACAAACAGAACCAACAUGAAAUAAAAAAUGCAACAGCUUCACCUCUGAGCUCAUUUGCAUUUUAGAGCCUCGGUUCCAGGUCACAGCAGCUCAAUGUGUCAGUGGAGACCAAGACUCGCUGGUCCCAUCGAAGUGUCAGAGGAAGCAGAUCUCCAUUGUUGAGACCAAGCAGAGGUUUCAAACCUCACUGGUCUCUACCCGGUGUCUACUUUGUCUCUAACCUUUGUCUACCUCUUCCCUACCUGGUCUCUAUCUAGUCUCUACCUGGUUUCUGCCUAGUCUCUCCCUGGUCUCUGACUGAUCCCUACCUGGUUUCUGUCUAGCCUCUCUUUGGUCCCCAACUGGUUUCUGUCUAGUCUCUCCCUGGUCUCUGACUGAUCCCUACCUAGUUUCUGUCUAGUCUCUCCCUGGUCUCUGACUGGUCUCUACCUGGUUUCUGUCUAGUCUCUCUUUGGUCUCUACCUGGUUUCUGUCUAGUCUCUCCCUGGUCUCUGACUGGUCUCUGACUGAUCCCUACCUGGUUUCUGCCUAGUCUCUCCCUGGUCUCUCCCUGGUCUCUGACUGGUCUCUACCUGGUUUCUGUCUAGUUUCUCUUUGGUCUCCAACUGGUUUCUGUCUAGUCUCUCCCUGGUCUCUGACUGGUCUCUACCUGGUUUCUGUCUAGUCUCUCCCUGGUCUCUGACUGAUUCCUACCUGGUUUCUGCCUAGUCUCUCCCUGGUCUCUGACUGGUCUCUACCUAGUUUCUGUCUAGUCUCUCUUUGGUCUCCAACUGGUUUCUGUCUAGUCUCUCCCUGGUCUCUGACUGGUCUCUACCUGGUUUCUGUCUAGUCUCUCCCUGGUCUCUGACUGAUUCCUACCUGGUUUCUGUCUAGUCUCUCCCUGGUCUCUGACUGGUCUCUGACUGAUCCCUACCUGGUUUCUGUCUAGUCUCUCCCUGGUCUCUAACUGGUUUCUAUUUAGUCUUGCCCUGGUUUCUGACUGGUCUCUAACUGGUCUCUGCCCGGUCUCCUUAGCUGACACUGCUUCCUGUCAUUGCCUCUGUGUCUACACUUACUGAACAUAAUGAAUUCUGACCUGCUGUCCCCUUCGGACCUGAUCUGCCCACGCUCCUUCUGUGCCCUCUGAAUCAUCUGCUCCCUUCAUGCUAAAGUUUGUGUCUUUCUAUGCUAAUGUCCUGAGUAAUAUGCUAAUGAGGAGGGGUGAAUAUUCAUUAACCUGUUGUGUACAUUCAUGGUGACAGUUGGGAGCUGAGAGGUGCAGAAAGUCCACAUGCUGGGACACCACUGUUCUAACUGCUGCACUUGAUGAAAUGCUGUGGCAGUGGUCUAGUCACACUGAUCAGACUUAGCAGGCUCAGAACAGAACCCUUUCACUUGGACCUCAUCUGUAUGUCCUAACCUCUUACCCAUGAGAACCACAAUGUCUUGUUUUAGAAGCAACUCAACCUUGACAACAAAAUGAUGAUGCGUUGAUAUGUUUUCUCUUGGCUCAGAAUGAAACAACACAUUGAGCAUUAAACAGCUUCUACCUCAUCUCCAGCUGACGCGGUUAGUUUCUUUUGUGAUUUGGCUCCUUAUUCUGUGAGUGAUAGAACAGAGGCAUGAGGCCGUCAGGUGCGUAUGCUGUAAAGCUGCUCUCCACACGCUCCACUGGAGAUGAGCUGGAAGAGUCUCUAAAAAGGCCUCGUUCUUUUUAUAACAGCGGGUCAGAGCAGCAGAGAUGAAGCCAUCAAGUAGAAAUCUGCCUGUUUCAUUAUUGAUGCAACUGUUGGCUCUGCUCUGUUGGUUUACGUCUAAUAUGUGAUACAUCUACGACCCUCAGGCUAUCGGCAGCUUUCAUCUUAUCACCUGUCUGUUAGCAACAAACAGACACUUUCAAACUGGAACAAGGGACCAAAUAAAUCCUGCACAGACACAAAGGAAUUAGGAACUGUGAGAAACUGACUGUUUCUAAAUGUAAAAGUCAACGAACAAUUUGUUCUGGUACUGAUCGUUGCAAUGGGAAAAGAGCAGAUUUAACAGAAACUCUUUAAAAUCACAUUAAACCACUGGAAGCAAGUCAAAAAAAGUAGGAGCAGGAUCGUUUCCUGUGUUUUGUCUGAAGGUGAGGACCUGUUUGUGCAGCAUGUGAGCGGAUCCAGACUCUGAGCUCUGCCGCUGACGCAGGGAGACAGCGCUGACAUCACCGGCCGUAACAUGAGGAUAACUCCAUGGAUUUUAAAAACACUGAGGUCUGGUGGGAACUCCAACAUCAGCGCAGCUCUGUAGGUCGCCACAGCCCGGAGGCCUCAGAGCCUGAGAAGCUGCAGCCUGAACCAUAACAAGAGGCUGGAGUCCCUAGACUAAAUAACACCUGUAGGCUGACAGCUGCGAUGGGAGCAGGAAACUGGACGAGACGCGCAGCAAGCACUUAGCUACUGAGGUGAGAGUCACGGAGAGCAGCUGUCGAGUGGAACAGGAGACACAGACAGUCACCUUCACAGUCUGACUGUUGUUGGCCAAGGCUCCGUGUGAAGACGGAGGAGUCAUCGCUGCUAAAAGCAGACAGCGUAUUUCUGUAGCCCCACACAAACACUGGCCCCAGGCAGGACUCGAUGAACGAGAACUCCAGCGUUCAGUUCCGACUCAAUGAUCCUGAACGCCUCUCUUCUUUACUGUCCUCUGGCUCCUGAUGAUUCUGUAAUUCAUUCAUCAUCUUUGGAUGAACAAAGGUUUUUGGCUCCACAGCAUCCAGGACUUCAAACUGUCACUGCUCACGUGGGCUCACACUCACAUUCACACACGCUGGAGCAGCUGAGGCUGACUGGGCCUCAGGCCGACUCAGCUUGAAGUUCAGGCCAAAGAACCAAAACCGGACCGGAGGACAGCACCGCCCGAAUGCCCGACCCUACAGGACUGAAUUUAAUUCAAACACAAGACAGCAUAGAAAACACAAAGGAUAACUACCUCACAUUUGCUGCCAAGCAGGUUAAUAUACUAAAUACAUAAAGUGACAAAACAGAUUUACAACACAUGACAAUUAACAAAACCUAAGACAGCACCAACCUUCAACACAGACAGGACUGUGACGAACCAACACUGAACCUAAAACAAAAAGGUGGAGGGGGUCAACAUUAUGACACAGACAGGGGAAGACAAGACCGAAAAAGAAGACAAGAGUGAGCACAGAAACCACAUGAAACAAAUGGAUUGGAUCAAAGAACCCUGAAUCUGAUUUUACAACGGCCACAGACCUGGUUGGAACUUUACUAAAGGUGUCAGUGAAGAAUGAGCGUUAAUAGACGUUGGAUCAUCUGUCUGUUCUAAGCUACAUGUGUAUAAAGAGGCCAAAUCAUAAAUAACAAUCAGCUUCCAACGUGCCCCGUGUUGACCAGAAUCACCUGGAUGUUGUCAGCUUCCGGUCCAAACAACCCACCUUCAGUUCCAUUCUUCUCCCAUAUGGAUCUGUGUCUGUGCUCCUCCUGGAGCAGCUGGAUGAAGAAGUGUCAGUGAGAACGCGGCAGGAUCAGCAGAACCGUGGAGAAGCUGUUCAUGGAGAGCAUUUCGAAUGUCAGCCGGGACAGUGGUCAUCGCAGGAGGGAUUCUGGCUGCAGUCAUCUUACUGACCAUCGUUGCUGUCCUGUGCUUAUGUAGGUUACAGUAUUACUGCUGUAGGAGCGAGGAGUCUGAGAAGGGGGAGGAGGAGGAACCGGAGCUCGCCAGCAUGUCGCCGACCCGACCCCUGGCUCUGGCCGCUCCUCCCACCCCUCCAACCUCAGAGCACUACAGCGACGACCCAGAGACCUACCCCCCCACCUUUCUCACCGAGGCCAAUGGGCCCAGCAGCUACUCGCCCACCCCUCCGCCUCGCAGGUGCCAGCGGCCUCACGCCUUUUGCCCGUCCUGCGCCCGCUGCUCGUUGCCCUUCUACCUGCAGCACCCAGAGAGGUUCUGCAAUGGUGGACGGCGGAUCAGCUACCGGACUGUGCAGCACCAGGACCUGGACCUGCCCAUGGACCUGGCCAGCUUCUACCACAAGCUCAACCUCAUCCGCUCCGUCACCAUGAAGGAGGUGGUCACCCACAGCAUCAGCACUGACGUCUAGGAGGGUCAGAGGUGGCGCCGCCCUGCUGGGCUGGAGGAAACCCGUGUCUGGGGGGCGGCGCUGGAGCGGCUGUGAGCAUUUGUUUCUGGCAGCCUUGAAGAGACUCAUCUGUCGGUUCUGACUUCUGGUUUUGUGUUUACUGUCUAAUUACGUGGCCAACCAGUACGUAUCUACAUGUAAACAAUACAUAUCCCAGCGACACAAUGGGUUAACGAUUUGUCUGUCUGGUCCCGACCAGAACCCACCAGUCCUUUAUACAGUACCAGGCCCUGAACGCAUCCUCACGGUGACCAGCCUUGUUCAAGUCCAACAGAACGUCUGAGGCAGGUGCAACAGUUUUUGGUGUUUUCCUGACAGGGAAAGGUAAGGUAGAUAAAUAAUUCAAUAUUAACCACAUUAUUUAAAAUAAUAUUUCUGGAGCAGUUAGCAGAUUUGUAGACAGUGUUAGCACCAGAGUUUUUAAAGAAGCAAGAAGAAAAACAUUGGCUCCAUACCUGAAAAUACUACUACACUGUGAUUCAUUUAUACAGAGAAUGUUCACGUGAUGUUUUAACGUGUUGUGUACAUGUAACAUGUUUGAUUCCAGCACAGUGAGCUUCACCUUGUUUCACAGAUCAGAUCGACUCUGAGCCUUUUAAACAUUUCCAUCUUUUCCUCCUGUUGAUCAUUGAUGAGUUAUUAGAAAACUAAUGCGGAAGGAGAGUUUGUGUCAAAUUUUACUAAUAAAUUAUUCAGAAAUUGUCAAAUCAGAAAAUGUAGAUAAAAAUGUAAAUUGUUGUUAGAAACAUUAGAAAGAAGGUGAAACAUGACAGACAGUGUGUGUGUGUGUGUGUGUGUGUGUGUGUGUGUGUGUGUGUGUGUGUGUGUGUGUGUGUGUGUGUGUGUGUGUAUCGCAGAUGUGGUGCAUAAACCUACUUGUACUUUAAGGGCUUUUCCGGAGCUUUCAGUGCUUCAGCGACUGAUCUCAAAAACUUUAUUUCCUGUUAACUUUAUUCUAGAAGCAGAACAUAAUAAACAUGUUUUGUUUCCCACUUAUAUAAUGAAGGAGUUUAACCUAAUUUAUUUUGGCUAAUUUAUUUGGCUAUUUUGGUUGAAACCUCCAUUUUCAGCCUUUGCCCUGAAGCCACAGAAGCAGCUGCUGGUCCCUGUCGUCAUCUUUUCUCGUUGUCCUGGAACCGGUUCUGUAAAGUCUCACACAUGCAUCUAAUUAAACUUUUCUGGUAACUGA